AUGUCGCCCAUUGCUUGCCUUUCGACAAGAUCGAUUCUCGUCGACGUCGACGACGUCAACAACCACAACAACGCCGCCGACAAGAGCCCUCCCCACGAAGCCAAGGCGCGCAAGGCCAAGGCUGCCCAACAAAAGGGAUCUGCCAGUGGCAGCGAGCUGUCCCACCGCGGCCAGACGGUGCCCGGCUGGGAGCUGACGGUGGGCAUCGAGAUCCACGCGCAGCUGAACACGGCGCACAAGCUGUUUUCGAGCGCGCAGGCCACGAGCCCGCUGUCGGAGAGCGAGCCGAACGCGCCGGCGCACGUGGCCUUCUUUGACGUGGCGCUGCCCGGCGCCCAGCCCAUCUUCCAGCCGGCGACGCUGAUCCCGGCGAUCCGCGCGGCGCUUGCGCUCGGGUGCACCAUCCAGCCGGUCAGCCGGUUCGACCGCAAGCACUACUUCCACUGGGACCAGCCGGCCGGGUACCAGCUGACGCAGUACUACGAGCCGCUGGCGCGCGACGGGCACGUCGACCUGUACAGGGACCGCGACGGGAUCGCGGCCGAGGACGGCGACCACGUGCGGGUGGCGAUUGUGCAGGUGCAGAUGGAGCAGGACACGGCCAAGACGGUGGCGCAGCCCGGCGGGGUGCACUGGCUCGACUACAACCGGGUGGGCAUGCCGCUGGUGGAGAUUAUCACGGCGCCGCAGCUGCACCACCCGGCGACGGCGGCGGCGUUUGUGCGCAAGGUGCAGCAGCUGCUUGUGGCGGCGGAUGCGUGCACGUCGGGGCUGGAGGCGGGCGGGCUGCGGGCGGACGUGAAUGUGUCGGUCCGAAGGGUCGCCGGCGGCGACAGCGAGCGCAGCGAGGACAAGGCAGACACAGCACGUCUCGGGGUCCGCACCGAGAUCAAGAACCUCAACAGCUUCCGCGCGGUCGAGGACGCCAUCAUUGCCGAGCGCAACCGCCAAAUCGCAGCCAUCGUGGCGGCCGAAGCCGCGGGCCACGCGUCCCCCCGCGACGCCAUUGUCAGCGAAACACGCGGCUGGACCCCGCCGGCGUUUGCCGGCGACGAGGGCAAGACGCACCGGCUGCGCGGCAAAGAGGGCGAGGUGGACUACCGCUACAUGCCGGACCCCGACUUGGGGCCCGUGGUGAUUGACGAGGCCCUGGUCCAGUUUCUGCAGCUGACGCUGGGCGCGUCACCGGACGCAGAAAUGGACGACUUGAUCGACAACUUUGGGCUGUCGCCGACGGACGCGGCGGCGCUGAUGGCGCUGGACGGCGGCGGGCGGGCGCAGUACUAUUACGACGUGGUGGAGGCGGUGGAGCAGCGGCUGGCGGCGGCGGCGACAGGGGCCGCCCCUGGGGUGGAGGUCCGCGCGUUUGUGGCCAACUGGGUGCUGCACCAGCUGGGGCGUCUGACGUCGGACCGCAACGCCAGCUUCAACAUCGGCGACGACGCUGCUGCUGCCGCCGCCACCGCCACCGCCACCACCACCUCGCUCGACAUGACCCCCGAAGGCCGCUGCCGCAUCCCCGUGGCGUGUCUGGCCGACAUCCUGGCCUACCGCUACCAGGGCCGCAUCACGGCCGGCGUGGCCAAGGAGCUGCUCUUUGCCGUGUUCCGGGGGGACGUCACAGACACGGACGGAGGGCCGUCGGUGACCGACGCCAUUGCGGCCGAGCGUCUCUGGUUCGACGAGAUCUCCGCAGACGAGUACGCCGCGCUCGCGCAAGAGGCCAUUGCCGACGAGGCAAAGACGCUCAAGCAGUUUGCAUCCCCGGCGGCCCAGAAGAAGUACCCGCACGGCAAGCUCCAGUAUCUGGUGGGCAAGCUGCUGCGGCUGGGGCCCGAAGGCCGGACCGACCCGCAGAACGCCGAAGCAGCAGUGCGGGCGGCGGUGGCCAAAUGGGUGGAGGACAGCCAGCGCCGAUCGGCAUGA